AAGCCGCGGGUCUCCACAGUCUCGCUGACGUGAGACGAGGAGCUCAAUGUCGUAUGGUGCUCCUUGCAAUACGUACGAUAUUCGCGAUAUUCCGAAAGCGAAAAGUCGCAGCAGUUUCGUUUCAGAGGAUCAUUGGGACCACACGUGACACCGAUCUUCGCGCUCAUUCUAGGGGGAAUAUAUGUUAUGAUUUUGCCUCUGCGAGGCGAAGCGAGGCAAGGCGAGGCGAGGCGGUGGCGAGGCGACGGGACGCAAGGGUGAGUUGUGAACCGCAACUGCGCGAUGGUGCGAAUUGCGCGUUUUGCGAAGGGGGUGCCGGCUCGGAACGGCGAGUACGCAGUCGCGCGAGAUUCCCCGGGAAUCGGGUCUUUCCGGGUCUGCGACACGGUUUUCCCCUUACUCGGUUGACUUUGGCGCCUGUGAUAGUCGACGACGCGACGGCGACGCUCACGGACUAGCUCGUUCGUUCUCGCAA